UAUAAAUGUAUUGUUGUCAGUAAAGUCAUAUCAUACUGUUUGUUGUCUCAUUAACCCUUUGCGCAACUGCCUCCGAGAACGACAAUCUUGCAACAUCACGACACAAUGCCAGGACUACCCACCAAGACCAGGAGCUGGAUCCUAACAAACAAACCGAAAGGUCUCGCAACCAUUUCGGGUGACGAGCCAACCUUCACUCUACAGACUCGAGACCUUCCAGCGCUCAAGGACGACCAGAUCCUGGUCAAGGUCCUUUACUACAGCAACGACCCGGCGCAACGAGGCUGGAUCAGUCCGGAUGUGCCCAAGGAUCGUCUGUACGUCCAACCGGUCGAGGUGGGAGAACCAAUGCGAGCCCGGGGCCUGUGCGAGGUUCUAGAUAGCAAGUCCCCAAACAUCACCAAGGGCGCCAUCGUCCAGGGUGUGUGCGACUGGAACGAAUAUGCCGUCCUGGACGCCGCCACCGUCACUCCGGUCGAACAACUCCCCAACGGCUUGAGCUUGACGCACUACCUCGGCGCUCUGGGAAGCACGGGUUUGACGGCCUACUAUGGCCUCGUGGUCAUCUCGGAAGCAAAAAAGGGCGACAAGGUGGUGGUGUCUGGCGCGGCCGGUGCCACGGGUAGCAUGGUCGUUCAGAUUGCAAAGCACAUUGUCGGAGCCAGCAAUGUCGUCGGUAUCGCAGGCAGUGAGGACAAAUGUCGCUGGGUCGAGAGUCUAGGUGCAGAUAAAUGCCUCAACUACAGAUCCUCAUCUUUCGAAGAGGACCUCAAGAACGCCACCGCUGACGGUGUCGACGUCUACUUUGACAACGUGGGCGGCGAGAUCCUCGACUUGAUGCUCGGCCGUAUGUCCAUGUAUGGUCGUGUCGCCGCGUGCGGUGCAAUCUCCCAGUACAAUUCCUCGGAGCCACUGAUGUUGAAGAAUUACUUCCAAGUCAUCUCCAUGAGACUGCAGAUCAGAGGGUUCAUCGUCAUCGAUUACUUGAAGUCGAGGGCCGAAGCCCUCAAGGUCUUCAGGCAGGGCAUCCAGGACGGUAAAUUGAAGAUCGGAGAAGGGAACGAGACGGUCGUGCCGACAAAGUUCGAAGAUGUUCCCAAGACGUGGUUGAAGUUGUUUUCCGGUGACAACACCGGGAAACUGGUCACCAAGCUCGAAGCGUGAGAGGUGUCACACACUCGAAGUUGAUGUUGUACGAGUAGUUUGUACCUACGAGAGCUAGGACGUGUGAAAAUUGUCGUUAUGAAUUCUUGAUGUACUCCGAUGAUGCUCGAGGCACCAUGCGUGCUAUGCAUAGUCCCGGAUGUGAUUUCUCUUUUUACAAUCUAU